UGACUUCCAAACUUGUUCACCCCGCAUACACGUAUUCGCAAAAUAAGCAAAAUCCCUCCCAUUUGUGUGUGCGCUUUCCCCCUCUCGUUUAGCUUUAUCGAACAUUUUUCACCCGUUUCACCCUUAAAGCGGACUUACCAAAAAAAGAAAAAAAAUUCACCCCAUUUGCACUUGCGAAGUAGUGUGUUCCUCCGUAACUCUUGUCUGUUCGAGUUUCUUCCCAAAUUGUAUUUCCUCGCCUGGUCCGCCAUCUGUGCUGCUAUUGGCGCGUCUCUCUGCGGGAUAUCCAGUAUAGCCUCUCCUCAGGCAUCCCUACCGCUUCUUCCUAUCCUUGAGCUUUACCCCGCAAAAUGGACCAACUCGUAUACUACGUCAUGGUGCAGCACAACAGCAUACAACCUAUCAUUGUGAGGCAACCACCCACCGUCGUAAUUCACACGCAGCCGAACCCACCAAUUACGCUAGAUUUGCCCCCACAAAAUAUCAUCCUGAAAAAUGAUGAACCACAGCCCAUCAUAGUUAGACAGCAAAAUCCAAACAUCAUCGUGCAAAAGUCAGGGAACGAAUUUUCGGAGAACCCCAAUUAUGCCCUAAGCCUCAACCAGCAAAUGAAAGAAAUCACCUCUAUGACCAGCCCAAGCGCGGCAAUUCCACACGGGGGAAUUGCACAGGUGGGAAUUCCCCACGUGACAAAUGAACCCCUCCUUGGAGUUACUACCCCCGAAAUGAACGAGCUUACAGACCCGGCCUAUAUUUACUCCAAUCAGUACAUAACGACUCAAAAUAAAUCUCAGCCGAUGAACAACAUGUAUUUUACCAGUGUCCCUCUCAACAAUGAUGGCAGCUAUUCCCCUUACAAUAUGACCCUAUAUGCGAAUAAAAGGGAGGACUACACGAAAAGCACCCCUUCAAAAUAUUAA